CGGGCCUCUGGCUCCCCUCGAGGAAAAGAUCCGACUGGCUUCGGGCUCACUCGCAAUUCGCAUUCGACCGACGUCUUGGUUAAGAGUCUCGGGGAAAUUUUGAUAAUGACUUGACUUCUGCCGACUGAAAGCCGUGCCAGGCAAACAGCGAAUUUACAUUAAAACGAAACUUAGCUCUAUUUGUUCACGCUCUCUUAAUAGUUGAAAUAUUUAAUUUAAAAAAAAAAAAAAACGAACUUAUCGAUAGCCAACGUUAAGUCCUCUCCGUGAAAGAAGAAAUCGUGCGAAUCUCUUCGGAGGACUGGAAAUAGAGAUUUACAGCAUCCAGCAUCCAGGAUCCGGGAGUGAAAUCCUGAUUGGAAAAUCGAACGACCGAUCGAGCGACCCUCCGAUAUCUUGUGUGAUUUGUGCUUCCGUGUGUGUUAUUGCUGCGCGAGACAUCGACCAUUUUUUAAUUCACUGUGAAAUAGAUUUACGUAAUAUCGCUUCGUGAUCUCGAAAAAGAUACGACAACCCUCACACGACUUGGAUUCAUCCUGAGAAUCCAAAAUGAAGCGACAGCAGCAACAGCAGCACUCGACCACUUCGAGCACUGUUCAGCAACAGCAGCAAUACUCUCAGCAAAGGACCGAGCAACAGAUCACUCGGCAACAAGUCACCAGUCAGCAGAGAGUACAUGGAGAGAUUGUGAUGCAGUCCACUCCUGCUGUGCCUGCCUUCACGGGUAGACCUGGAGAUCCGUCGCCACCUGUUUUUGAGCAAAUCUUCAAAAAUGCGAGAUUCGCACAGGGUGGCAAUGCAAUUUUCGAAGGGCGCGUUCGAGGAAAUCCGAAACCCUUCGUUAGCUGGACCCAUAAGGGUGCACCUCUCCUGGAGUCCCAAAAGAUCCGGAUGUCCUACGACGACAAGACCGGCACUGUAACUCUUCAGAUCAACCAGAUUGGUCCAGGAGACGAGGGAGAGUACACCUGCAAUGCAAAAAAUCAAUAUGGUGAAGCAAUCUGCUCCGUCUACAUCCAACCGGAAGGAUUCGGUCCCCCGCCCCAACAACAAGUGGGUGGCUUCAAGAAGGAAUAUGCUAAAACUUUCCAAUCGACUGAACAGAAAACCGGAAGUCAAAGUUUUCAGCAGCACAGCUACCAGCAGACCAUCGAGAAGCAGAGCUACGUAAAUGGUAGCAGCAUAGAAGAUUUCAAGGUCGACACCUUCGAGUACAGGCUGCUACGCGAAACCGAAUUUCGCGAAUCGAUAACUCGCCGAUUCGUCGGUGAAUCUGAUUCGCAAAUAUCGACCGUGGUCGAUCGCACUUUAGGACCGGUUUCGCCACCUCAAAUCACACAGAAGCCAAGAAACUCAAAGCUGAUCGAAGGCUCCGAUGCAGUGUUCACUGCCAAGAUCUCUGCCAAUCCCAAACCGAGAUUAACUUGGUUCAAGAAUGGCCAAAGAAUUCAGGAGUCUCAUCGCGUUGAGAUCACUCAGUCCAAUCAGCAUGCUACUCUCAAGAUAAGAACGGCCCUGCCGGAAGACGGUGGUCAUUACACUCUCCUGGCUGAAAAUCCUCAAGGAUGCACCGUGAGCUCCGCCUACUUGGCUAUCGAAUCAUCCGAUCAGGUCGAUCAGGUGCAGAGUCAGUCACAGCAAAGAGACACUUUGAAGACUAGUCAGGUGGAGAGCUCAGAAACAACCGAAGCCGGAAAGGUCCUGCCACCAAACUUUGUUCGCACCUGUACCGAUCGUGAAGCUACCGAAGGCAAAAUGACAAGGUUUGACUGUCGCGUAACUGGUCGUCCCUACCCUGAGGUGACCUGGUACAUAAAUGGCUACCAGGUAGCCAACGACGCAACCCACAAGAUCCUGGUGAACGAGUCUGGCAACAACUCACUAAUGAUUACGAACGUAAACCGUAACGACGCCGGCGUCGUGACUUGCGUCGCCAAGAACAAAGCCGGUGAGACCUCGUUCCAGUGCAACCUGACUGUUCUUGAAAAGGAGCAAGUGAUAGCACCGAAAUUCGUUGAGCGUUUCACCACGACAAACGUAAAGGAAGGAGAACCAGUUGUCUUCACAGCCAGAGCAGUCGGCACCCCGAUUCCACGAAUCACUUGGCAGAAGGAUGGCGUGCCGAUAGCGCCCGGCCCCGACGUGCGCAUAUCGACGGACGGCAGUGGAGCCUCCACCUUGGACAUACCGCAAGCAAGAGCAACGGAUGCAGCCUGGUACCAGUGUACCGCUCAGAACGUAGCUGGCUCCACCGCCACCCGGGCCAGGCUCUUCGUCGAAACACCAAAAGGAGCCACCCCCGAACCAAGACGCCUGAACUUACCCCGACCGACGAAAGUCAUCGAACCAGAACCCGCACCUGGCCCCGAAGUGAUUUACCUGAGACACGUAGAGCGGGCUAAGCCAUACCUGGCUCCGCAGGAGGAGGACAGGAUUUAUCCACCACCUCAAUUCAUCAUCCCUCUGCGCGACGUACACCAAAUCGAAGGUGGUCGCGUUCACUUCGAGGCCAGAAUCGAACCGGUGGGCGAUCCCACCAUGAGGGUGGAAUGGUAUAUCAAUGGAAGAGCUUUAGACGCAAGCUCUCGAGCAACUUCUAUCUUCCGAUUUGGCUUCAUUGCCCUGGACCUGAUCAGCAUCGUCAUGCAGGACAGUGGAGAAUACGUCUGUCGCGUCAUCAGUUCGACAGGAGUUGCUGAAUCUCGUGCCACCCUCAGCGUUACGCCUCGAGCUACUAUCGAGCAAACCAGCCAACACCCCGACAGCCUCCAGUACAUUCAACAACUGGAAGACUACAGCAAGUAUCAAAGACAGGAGAGCGUUGAAGAGACCUCUUCCCAGCGACCAGUUUUCAUCCGUCCGCUCCAGGAGCUCGGGGAACUACAGGAAGGUCGUAAUGCCCACUUUGAGGCACAACUGACCCCUGUUAGUGACCCCACCAUGAAAGUGGAGUGGUACAAGGAUGGAAGAGCUAUCACAGCCAGUUCAAGAAUCACAACCAUCUUCAACUUCGGUUACGUCUCACUCAAUAUAUUGCACCUACGAGCUGAAGAUGCGGGUUCUUAUACAGUAAGGGCUGUGAAUCGCUUGGGAGAGGCCGUCAGCUCUGCCAGUCUUCGUGUCUAUGCACGCACCAGCGUUACCGCUGACUUGGGCAUACCCGAGCAGCAGAGGUACAUUGAAGCUGCCGAGGAGUUGGAAGCCUAUCAACAGGCCAUGCAACAGAAAUAUGUUCAGGAGCAGCCUGAACACUCGAGCCCACCGGAAUUCAAAACGCCUAUCAAGGAUCAGAAUAGCAUUCGAGAGGGCGGGUUCGCUCACUUCGAGGCCCGCCUUGAGCCAGUCGGAGAUUCGAAUCUCCGUGUCGAAUGGCUCAAGGACGGACGUCCUGUAGAAGCUAGUUCAAGAACCACUACCUUUUUCAAUUUUGGCUAUGUAGCACUGACCAUUAAAUACGUGACGAUCCACGAUGUGGGUGUGUACACCUGCCGCGCCUACAACAGGGCCGGCGAGGCACACACCACGGCUCAAUUGAGCGUUAUCAGCAAGAAUGACGUUAUAUUCGAUAGUCAGCAUCCAACUGGAUUGCAGAAGAUUCAAAAUCUCGAGGACUCGAGCCGUUAUUCUCGUCAGGUACAGGAAGAGACUCAGGUCACCCAGGCACCACGUUUCCUGGGACCUCUCAAGGGUACCAACAAGAUAGUAGAAGGUCAACGCGCUCAUUUCGAAGCUCGCGUUGAACCCCAAAGUGACCUCACCAUGAAGAUCGAAUGGUACCACAAUGGAAAGGCUAUUACAGCAGCCAACAGGAUUCAGACCUAUCAUGAUUUUGGAUACGUCGCCAUUGAUAUCCUUCAAGUUCGUUCAGAAGACGCAGGAACUUAUACGGUUGUUGCUAGAAAUGCUCUUGGCGAAGCACAGCUGUCUGCCACCAUGAUUGUUGAAACUCGUUCUGGCAUUGACACCAGUAGCAUGCAUCGUGGGACCUACGAGAAAACCCAAAGACUUGAAGAAUCAAAAUUUGUGGAACCUCAGUACCACAUCGAAGAAAUCUCAAAAUCAAAACCCAUCUUCGUGCAACCAUUGAAUGACCCUAAACCGAUAAGCGAGGGCAAGAAUAUCCAUCUGGAAUGUCGCCUAGAACCAAUGGGUGAUCCUACCAUGAGAGUGGAAUGGUUCCAAAAUGGCCGACCAGUAACCGUAGGCUCCAGAUUCAGGACUUACUACGACUUUGGAUUUGUGGCUUUGGACAUCGUUCACGCCACUGCUCUGGAUUCUGGAGAGUACACCGUCAGGGCCACCAAUCAUCUUGGUACCGCUCAUACGUCAGCUUGCGUUCGCGUGAUUGGAAGAUCAGACAUCGUUACCGAUUCUCAAAACGAACAGUCCCUCGAACAGAUCCAGAUGCUGGAAGACUCUUCGAAAUAUCGUAGAACUCAGCAAGAAGAAGUGACCGUCCAGCAGGCACCUCAGUUCACUCGUCCACUUCAUAAUAUCGAAACCGUCGAACUGACCAACGUUCACCUGGAGUGUCGUCUUCAACCAGUUGGCGAUUCCACCAUGAGGGUCGACUGGUUCGUUAAUGGAAGAGCUGUGAAAACUGGACACAGAUUCAGGCCUUCUUAUGAAUUCGACUACGUUGCCUUGGACAUCUUGGGUGUUUAUCCCGAAGACUCUGGAGUCUACACCUGCCAAGCUCGUAACCAACUCGGCGAAGCGGUAACUUCGUGCUCCGUACGCGUCCAUGCUAAGAAGGAUCUGAUUCUCGAAUCCCAGCAUCCUGAAGGAUUGGAGAGGAUUCAGUACCUGGAGGAUUCGUCCAGGUACAAGAGGAACGAGCUAGUGGACGAGGUUGUUAAUGUUAAGCCAAAGUUCGUAACUACCCCAAAAAAUCAGGAGAACCUUAGGGAGGGACAGCAUGCCCACUUUGAAUGCAAACUUGAGCCUGUUACCGACUCUAAUCUUAAAGUAGAGUGGUUCAAGAACGGUCGUCCAGUAACUGUAGGACACCGAUUCCGUCCCAUUCACGACUUUGGCUACGUUGCUCUCGAUGUGAUUGACCUAAUCGCCGAGGAUUCUGGUACCUACACCUGCCGUGCUGUCAAUCUCGUUGGCAGUGAUGAGGUCAAGUGUAACCUGAGCUGCCGAUCAACUGCUCAGAUCCUUACUGACACCCAGAACGAAGUAGGCCUCGAGCAAAUCCAUUAUCUCGAAGAUAGGUCCAAGUACCAGAGGCGUGAGGUCACUGAAGAGACCACUACCCAGGCACCAAUCUUCACCACGUCCCUGAAGAACGUCGAGAUCAAGGAAGGACAAAGAGCUCACUUCGAGUGCAGACUCAUUCCGGUUUCAGAUACAACAAUGAAGGUUGAAUGGUUCCAUAACAACAAGCCAGUAAAGGCUGGUUCAAGAUUCGUAGAAACCAACAGCUUUGGUUUCGUCGCCCUGGACGUCAUGUACGCCUACCCUGAGGAUUCCGGAACCUACACCUGCCGUGCUAAAAAUGCCAUCGGAGAAGCCAUCACUUCCGCUACGGCAGUGGUACAUUCCAAAAAAUCAAUCUACAUGGAAUCCCAGCGCGAGGAAGUCCUCGAACGACUUCAGCAUCUGGAAGAUUCAUCUCGCUACCAACGCAAGGCCGUGCAGGAAGAGACAGUCAGUCAGGCUCCUGUCUUCACGAUGCCCAUCAAGGACCUGAGAGUUGCUGAAAAUCAAGCAGCCCAUUUCGAAGCUCGUGUCAUUCCUGUAGGUGAUUCCAGACUCAAAGUGGAAUGGCUGCGUAACGGAGUACCAAUUGCAGCCUCUAAUCGCGUAACCACAAUGCACGACUUUGGUUACGUGGCAUUGAACAUGAAAUAUGUCAACCCCGAGGACUCCGGAACCUACACUUGCCGCGCUGUCAAUGAUCUUGGCGAGGCUGUAACAUCAGCCACUCUCUUCGUUCAGUCGAAGGCAGCCCUGCAGUUCGAAUCGCAGCAUGAAAGCGCUUUGUCGAAGCUUCAAGCUUUGGAAGACACUAGCAAGUAUCAGCGACGUGACGAGGAGGAGAUUGUCGUUAAGGACAAGCCUUCCUUCACGGUCCAAUUGAACGGACCCACCAAUUUGGUCGAAGGUCAAAGCGCACACUAUGAGUGCCGCAUCGAGCCUUAUCCUGACCCGAACAUGAAAGUCGAAUGGUUCCAUAACGGGAAGCCAUUAUCUACUGGUCACAGAUACAGAACCACUUGUGACUUUGGUUUCGCCUCCUUGGACGUACUGUCUGUCCAUGCUGAAGACUCUGGCACCUAUACUUGCAAGGCCACCAAUAAACUCGGAUCGGCCCAGAGCUCGAUCAAUCUUGAUGUCAAAUCUCGCGCUUCCAUCAUUCGUGAUACUCAGCACGAAGGCGCUCUUCAGAAGAUCCAGUACCUGGAGGAUGACUCCCGUUACAAACGCGUUCCCCAUGAAGACACGGUUAUCGCUGAGAAACCGAAGUUUGGUCGUCCUUUGAAGAACAUUGAGCAUCUGCCUGAAGGCAAGAAUGCUCAUUUGGAAGCUACCCUGACCCCAGUCAAUGAUCCCACAAUGGUUGUUGAAUGGUUCAGAGAUGGUAGACCCAUCCCGCAAGGACACAAGUUCAAGACCACCUACGACUUUGGUUACGUCGCCCUUGAUAUUCUUUACGCUUACCCUGAAGAUUCGGGUACCUACAUGUGCAAGGCUAGAAAUGCAGUUGGAGAAGCUGUUACUACUUGUGUCAUUUCCGUCGACUCUAAACAAGGUCUCUGCCUCGACACCUUGGAUGCUCAGCGUUUGCAGAAGAUCCGCGAACUUGAAACCGUGGAAAUCAAACAGGAAGUAGAAAAAGAAAUUGUUCACCAGAAACCUGUCUUCCUGACGCCACUGAACAACCUGGAUCACCUUAAGGAAGGUGAACAUGCUCAUCUUGAAUGCCGUGUGGAGCCAAUCAACGAUCCCAACUUGAAGAUUGAAUGGUUCGUUAAUGGUGUCGCGAUUAAAACUGGUCAUCGUUUCCGCACGACCCAUGACUUCGGUUAUGUGGCGCUUGACAUUCUUUACACUUACUCUGAAGAUUCUGGUACAUACAUGUGUAAAGCUACCAACCUGGCUGGUGAAGCUGUCAACACUUGCACCAUCAAGGUUGGCUCUCGCCGUAGCAUCCUUCUCGAUACUCAACAUCCAGAUGGUCUUGAAAAGAUUCGAGAAUUGGAAGCCCAAGGUCGCCCUGCUCGUUUGGAAGUAGAAGAACCCCCAGUGAGCCCACCAAGAUUCGUCACUGAACUCAGGGGAACCACCGAGAUCUACGAAGGACAAACUGCCCACUUUGAGUGCCAGGUCGAACCUCUGCACGACCCCAAUCUUCGUAUUGAAUUCUUCCAUAACGGAAAGCCAUUACCAUCUGCAUCCCGAUUCCACGUAACCUUUGACUUUGGUUACGUCGCCCUGGACAUCAGUCAUGCCGUCCCUGAAGACGCUGGAGAGUACUCCGUCCGCGCUAUCAAUGCCCUUGGCCAAUGUGUCUCCUCGAUCAACCUUAAGGUCAUCCCUCGUGAGAACAUCAUUUUGGAUUCCCAGCGUCCCGAGGGAAUGGACAAGAUUCGUGAGCUGGAAGCUCAGCAGCCCUGGAAGAGACCCGAUGUUCCUGAACCGCAAACUAGACAACGACCAGUCUUCACUCAGCCUCUUCAGAACAUCGAUGCUAUACCUGAGGGACAAACUGCCCACUUUGAGUGCAGACUCAUCCCUGUGGGAGAUCCUACUCUCAAGGUUGAGUGGUUCAGGAACGAGAAGCCACUUGAGACAAGUUCAAGAAUUACCAAAGUUCACGACUUUGGAUACGUGUCCCUGGACAUCAAUCAUGUACGCGAUGAAGAUGAAGGCGUCUACAUGUGCCGUGCUUCCAAUCCACUGGGUGAAGCUGUUACCACGGCUUCCAUGAAGAUCAGAACUAAAGCCAAUAUUCAAUUGGACACUCAGCAUCCUGAAGCUCAACGUAGAAUUGCUCAGUUGGAAGCUGACAAAGGACCAAGCCGUGCAGAAGAACCCGAAAAGGUCUUCGAUAAACCAAUCUUCACACAGCUUCUUACUGGUCCUACCGAACUCUGGGAAGGACAAGUAGCACAUUAUGAAUGCAGAGUCGUACCCGUUGGGGACUCUAGUUUGAGAUUCGAGUGGUACGUCAACGGCGUCGAACUGAAAAUGGGAUCUCGCUUCCAUGUCAGCCAUGACUUCGGCUUCGUUACCUUGGAUAUCCUCAAGGUCAUCUCCGAGGAUUCUGGCGUCUACUCCUGUAAGGCCAUCAACAAGGCUGGAGAGGCAGUAUCAUCAAUUUCUCUCAAGGUCAAAGCUAGAUCAGCCAUCGUUGGCGAUACACUUCAGCCUGACGCCUGGCAAAAGAUCCAACUGAAGGAAGCCGAGAUGAACAAGGUUCCUGAAAUGUUCAUCGACACGACGCCCCAGCAGGCACCAGUUUUCACAACUCACCUGCAGAGCUACGACAAACUGGUCGAAGGUCAACAUGUCUACCUUGAAGCUCAAGUUGAACCUAGAGCUGAUCCAAAUCUGCGCGUUGAAUGGUUCAAGAAUGGUGUACCACUGCAAACUGGUACCCGGCUGCGCAGCACCUUCGACUUUGGUCUCGUGACUCUUUCCAUCAAUGGACUCAGGGACGAUGACUCUGCAAUUUAUACCUGCAAAGCCACGAAUCUACUUGGUGAAGCUGUAUCAACCUGCAGCCUGAAGAUCGUCGACCGCCAUUGGCUCCUCGGUGAUACUCUUCAUCCCGAUGCUCUUCCCAAGAUCGAUGCUCUCGAACAACCCCAUGUCUCAUCCACUGAACAGCCUGAACCCACCUACGAAGAACCAGUCUUCAUCACUCAUCUUAACAACGUCGAGUGUACCGAAGGCGAUAAUGUUCACUUCGAGUGCAAUGUCGAACCUUCCAAAGAUCCUACGAUGAAGAUCGAAUGGUUCAUCAACGGUAAACCAUUACCAACUGGGGCAAGGUUCAAGUCGACCUACGACUUUGGUUAUGUGGCUUUGGAUAUCACUCAUGCCUAUGAAGAAGACUCUGGCGUGAUCACUGUUAAGGCUACGAAUUCCAAGGGAUCAGCACAGACUACUGGUACUCUCAAGUGUACCAGUAAACAGAAUAUCUAUCUUCAAACUCAACAUCCUCAGGGUGAAGCUGGUUUCGAUAAAGUCAAAGAAGUUGAAGAAGCUUAUCUUUCGAAGCUUCAAAGACGCGACUCCGGUCCUGAACUCGAAUAUCCUAAACCAAUUUGGACCGUGCCUCUGCUACCAGAGUUCAAGUUGGGUGAAUCCGAGCCUCUUCAUUUGGAAGGACAGGUGGAACCCAAAGAUGAUCCUAAUCUGAAGAUCGAAUGGUAUUUCAAUGGAAAGAUUCUGGAGCAUGGUGCUCGUUUCAAGAUGACAAGUGACUUUGGAUUCGUUACGCUCGACCUGACCGAUGCCUACGACCGCGACUCUGGUAUCUAUACCGCCAAGGCCUACAACAAGGCUGGUGAAGCAUUUACAUCAACCACCAUCUACUGCUCGACCAAGGAGAACGUAAUCGAGAGGUCCCAGCAUCCCAAAGGAAAGGAAGGCUUGGAAGCCAUUCAAGAUCUGGAAGAAUCAUUGAAGAGGCAGGAGGGUGCCGCACCUGAAGGUGAAGAUGGACAUCCGCCAGUCUUCACUUCCCAAUUCGAGAACUUGACUAAUCUAUCUGAAGGAGAAAUUGCACACUUUGAGGCUUCCCUGACUCCCACUGGAGAUCAAACUAUGGUUGUCGAAUGGUUCUACAAUGGAAAACCUCUCGAAGCUAGUCAUCGCACGAGGACCGUAUAUGCCUUUGGCAUGGUCGUUCUGGAAGUUCUUGGAACGAAGAUCGAGGAUUCUGGAAUAUACACUUGUCGGGCUACCAACAAAUGGGGCAAGGCUGAGAUCAGCGUGAAUCUCGAAUGCGUUGACAAGUCUAAGGGUCAGAAGCCAAAGUUCACCACACAGAUUCAAUCUUUGAUAGGUCUCAAGGAUGGCCAAUCCGCCCACUUUGAGUGUACCCUGAUCCCAGUAGGAGAUCCCACCAUGAAGGUGGAAUGGUUCCACAAUGGUCAACCACUUCGCCACUCGUCCCGUUUCAAGAUGGUUUCCGAUUUCGGUUUCGUAGUCAUGGACAUUGCUGGAGUGAUGUCCCACGAUACUGGCGAAUACGUCUGCAAGGCCAGCAACAAGUAUGGCGAAGACUACACCAAGGCAACGAUCAAGUGUUUCGGCAAGAGUGGAGUCUACCUGGACUCACUUCAGCCCGAUUCCCUCGCGCGCAUUCGCGAGCUUGAAAGCUUUGGUGCCGAUCAACAAGCAGCGCCAACCACCCCGGUAGCUGAACCACCGAAGUUCAUCACACAAAUAUCUGACAUUACUAAGCUAGUAGAGGGCCAGUCGGCCCACUUCGAAGCUAGACUCACCCCAAUCACUGAUCCUGACCUCAAGGUCGAGUGGUACUACAAUGGCAAGAAAUUGCCACAUGGUCAUCGCUACAGGACCUUCCACGAUUUCGGUAUCGUCAUCCUGGACAUCCUUUACUGCUACGAGGAGAACUCUGGUGUUUAUGAGUGCAGAGCCGUUAACAAGUAUGGCGAGGAUACCACCAAAGCAACUCUGAGGUGUCUGUCGAAGACCAACCUCAUCUUGGAAUCCCAGCUGCCCAAGGGUAUGGAAGGAGGUCUGGAGAAGAUCCAGACCCUCGAGGAUUCGUUGGUUCGCACCAAGGACGAAAGAACUGUUGAAGAGCGCGGAAAGGCUCCAGUAUUCACGGUUCCUUUGAGCAACAUUGAUGGUCUUCGAGAAGGCGAAAGUGCCCACUUCGAAGCACGACUUACACCUACUGACGAUCCCAAACUUAAGGUCGAAUGGUUCUGGAAUGGAAAGCCCCUACGAACCGGUUCGCGAUUCCGCACAUUCUGCGACUUCGGAUUCGUCAUCCUGGAGAUAUCUCCAAUCUAUCCCGAAGACACUGGAGAGUACAGCUGCCGAGCAUCCAACGAUUAUGGUGAAGCAGUCACCACGUGCUCGCUGAAGUGUACUGGCAAGCGCAGCAUCAUUCUCGAAUCGCAGCUGCCAAAGGGUAUGGAGGGCACAAUCGAUAAGAUUGCCGAACUCGAGGGUCUUGGAAACGAACCAGGACAACCCAGCCCCGACGACGACACCGGAAAACCACCAGAGUUCAUCACGACACCAUCUGAUUUGACUUUGGGAGAGAAUUCCUUGGCCCACUUCGAAUGCAGACUUCAACCUGUCAAUGAUUCUAGCAUGAGAGUCGAGUGGUUCCAUAACGGUAAAGCACUUCUUGCUGGAUCCAGGGUCAAGACGAUCCACGAUUUUGGAUUCGUCAUCCUGGAGGUCGCUAACUGCUACCAACGCGAUUCUGGCCUCUACACCUGCAAGGCUACCAACCGUCACGGCGAGGCUACUGUCUCCUGCAAAUUGCAAGUGCGUGGGCGCCAAGGAAUCAUCCUCGAGCCACAACUUCCAAGCAACUUCAAAACCGGAACUGAAAGCAUCCAGAAACUUGAAGAGUCGCUCUACAAGAGAGACGAGAUCCUAUCCGAGGAAGAGACACCUAAUCCGCCAAGGUUCACAGUCGAACUGAAGGACAUCGAGGUCGAAGAAGCUGGUCCCAGUCACUUUGAUUGCCGAGUGGAACCCGUGGGUGACCCCACGAUGCGUGUAGACUGGUUCCACAAUGGCCGACCAUUUGCAACCGGUUCACGCGUUCACCAAAUAAACGAUUUUGGAUUCAUCUCUCUGGAUCUUUCUUACACUUACGCCAGAGACAGUGGUGAAUACGUGUGCAGAGCUACGAACAAGUGGGGAUCAGCAACCACCAAGGCUACUAUUACUUGCAAGUCUAAGAAGACCAUUGACUUCGAUUCUCAGCUGCCGUCUGGAAUGAGCGGAGAAAAGCUUAAAGAACUGGAACGUGGCCCAGUGAGCGAAGCACCAGCUCAGGAAGCACCUGGUCAACCACCGAAAUUCAUAACACAAAUCCAAUCCGCAACUGUUGAUGAAUCAGAACCAGUCAGGUUCGAGUGCAGAGUUGAACCCAAGGAUGAUCCUAACCUUCGCAUUGAAUGGUACAGGAAUGGAAAAGUUAUUCCUGCGGGACACAGAUACAGGACUGUUUACGACAUGGGAUUCGUGUCUAUGGACAUUCUAUACGUAUAUCCUGAAGAUUCUGGGGAAUAUGUUUGCAAGGCUAUCAACGACCUUGGAGAAGACACCACCAGGGCAUCAGUUUCUUGCAAGAAACUGCCAAGCAUCAUUCUUCAGAACCAAGUACCAAAGGGCAUGAAGAAAUCCGAAGCGUUGAUGCAGAUGGAAGCUACCAUCAAGAAGUAUACCUCCGAAGUUCACCUUACCGAGGACGACCUUUACGACGCUGACAAAAAGCAACCACCCAGAUUCGUGACCCAGAUCACGGAUCAGACUGAACUCGUAGAAAUGAACAGCACGAAGUUCGAAUGUCAGUUGGCACCAGUUGGCGAUCCCAACAUGAAGGUCGAAUGGUUCUUCAACGGAAAACCAUUGCCACACAAGAACCGAUUCUCGCCGAUCUACGACUUCGGCUACGUGGCCAUGAACUUCGGCUGGGUCUACCCCGAAGACAGUGGAGAAUAUCUAUGUAGAGCUACCAAUCUUUACGGCAUGGACGAAACAAGGGCAGUCAUCAGAACAGCUGGCAAACCGGGCAUCAUUUACGAGUCCCAACUUCCCAAGGGCAUGAAGAGUAUCGAGAUGAUCAGAGAGAUGGAGGCUGCUUGGCAGGUCGCUCCGGAAGAGGAAGGUGAAGAGGAGAAGGUUCGUGCGCCACCAACCUUUGUCAGCAAACCUGAACCAGUCACGGUUGAAGAAAGUGACUGGUCCAGGUUCUGCUGUCGCGUGACAGGUCACCCACGACCUCGAGUGAUGUGGCUGAUCAACGGACACACUGUCGUAAACGGUGCGCGUUACAAGCUGACCUACGAUGGCAUGUAUCAUCUUGACAUCCCGAAGACCAGACAAUACGAUCAUGGUAAGGUCGAGGUCAUCGCCAGAAGCUCAGUCGGCGAGGCGCGCACUGAGACCUUCCUCACGGUGAAACCACGUAGCGACGAUUAUCGCGGAGUCCUGAAGAACUCACCGCGACCGUGGUACGAUUACGGGCUGACUCAGUACCAGUCGGAGCGUCAGAAUACAGAACUGGAGCGUGUCUUCGACGAACGUCACCAGACCGUAUCCCAGGGUGUAGAUAUUGCCACGGAGCAUCUCGGACAGAAGGUCUUUAGAGAACCGGAAACCGAGUGGCAGAAGUCCGUGAAGACCAAGAAGAACGAGGACUACUAUAACAAGCUGAUGAGUCUGGAGGAGGAGCAGGUCCUUAAGGAAACCAGACUCCGUGAAACGACUCAUCAGUUCGCCAUUCCUGGUGACAAGUUGGUGAACAAUUCCCUGGCGAAGGGAAUGGCGCAGAAGUACCAGGAGAACCUGGAAACUCAACCCCAAGAACCGGGUCAGCCACCAACACAGAGAGUCUUGAGGAAGCCAUACACGAGUGAAGUUGAAAUCGACAGUGAACACGUUGAUGGGAAGUACCCACCUGAACCAUCGGAGUCAACAGUUCACGGACGUGAAGUUCACGUAGCCAAGCAGAAGCAGACGCAGAAGGAGGUCAAGGGCGACCUGGAGAUCACGAGGAAGAUCACGGCGACGGAGACUACUGAAGUGGAGCACAAGGCGAAGACUCAGGAACGAGUUGUUCAGGGUCAAGUGAAGCCGUCGAAGCCGCCGGUCUUCACGAAGAAGAUUCAACCUUGCAGAGCCUUCGAACAGGAGCAAGCUAGAUUCGAAGUUGAAUUUGACGGAGAUCCAUUACCCACUGUCAAGUGGUACCGUGAGGACUUCCCCAUCCAGAACUCAUCCGAUCUUCAGAUUUAUACGUUCAGCACGAAAUCGGUGCUGAUCAUACGACAAGUCUUCAUGGAAGAUUCUGGAGUCUUCUCCGUUAUCGCUGAAAAUCGUGGAGGCAAAGCCAAGUGCAGUGCCAACUUGGUUGUUGAAGAGCGAAGAAGACAACCUGGACGCGGCGGGGUCAUUCCGCCCAGCUUCCUGACGACUAUUCAGAACACGACUGUUCCUACCGGACAGCUCGCUAGAUUCGAUGCCAAGAUUUCCGGAACCAAACCACUCGACGUUUACUGGCUCAAGAAUGGAAAGAAAGUCACGGCUGAUAUUCGCUACAAGACACUUGAAGAGGACAACACCUACACUCUUCUGAUCCUUGAAACCGUACCUGAAGACACCGGGAAAUAUGAAUGCGUGGCUAUCAACAAUGCUGGUGAAGCACGUUGCGAUGCCGACUGUACCGUCCAAGGACCUCAGUCACCUACCAAGACGACGAAACCUUCGACUCCAGGCGUAGAGAAGGCACCGACCAUUUUGGAACCACUGAAGGAUCAGACCAUCAAGGAAGGAACGUCCGUAGCCUUCAGGUGUAAGAUUACCGGCAAGCCUGUGCCUAACAUUCAAUGGAAAAAGGGAGAGAAGGUAAUCAAACCUUCCAAGUAUUUCCAAAUGCAAAAGGAAGGCGAUUCGUGCACUCUAAGAAUCUCCGAAGCGUUCCCUGAGGACGAAGGAGUUUACAAGUGCAUCGCCAAGAAUCCUGCAGGCGAGGUCAUCAGCUCUGCCAACCUUAAGGUUCUUGCUCCCGAUAGCACAGACGUCCUUCCGAAAUUGACGCCAUUGAAGGAUCAAAUUGUCCUGGAAGGACAACCGGCCCAAUUCAAGACACAAGUCACCCCGUCUAAACCGAAACCAACUAUUCAAUGGUACCGAGAGGGUGCGCUGAUUCCUCAAUCGCCCGACUUCCAGAUGAUUCACGAAGGCAACAACGCGGUGUUGUUGAUCGCGACAACCUAUGAAGAGGAUACUGGCACUUUCACCUGCAGAGCCACGACUUCCGCCGGCACCGUCGAAACAUCCGCCAAACUCAUCGUCAAAAGUAAGAAUUGAAUCCAAAUUAAUUCUUAAUCCAAAGUCAAUUAAAAAAGUGCCUACGAGUUGCCGCGUUUGACAUCCAAACUAGUCGGCCCCGUGUAUUGAAAAAAUAAUUUUCAAAAAUUCCUGCUACGUUGAGCUUGUAAAUCAGGACAAACGGGGUUGGUCGAUUUUUCGAAAUGACCAAAAAAAAAAAAACAAUUUUGAGCGCGCACGCGCAAAAAACGAUUGACGCGAGGCAACGAAACCUUUACACACUCUCUUUUUCCAUCUCGUAUUUAUUAUUAUUAUUCUAUCCUUUUCACUGUAUUUCUUUUGGCUUUUUUAACGUAACUUAUUUUUUUCUUCUUUCACCCUAAUCACUCGCAAGUCGGGCAGUUUUUUUUCUACUAACACAUCGUUAGUCUAAGUGUAUCGGUUUACUGGUGAAAAUUUGAGGGAAAACAAGAUGAACGGUGCCAAGUAGAAGGAAAGUGUAGACGGAGAGUUAAGGAAAUAUGGAGGUCACCUAGUGAAGUCUCUCCUGUAGAUAUUAACAAGGGCUUUCUUUUAUUAUUAAUUAUUCAAGUAGAACAAAAAAAAAUAUGUCCUCACGGGACAAAAAUGGUACCUGACGAAACGUGAAGGUGGUGCUAAAAGAUUCUUGGGUCUGAAAGGAAAGACGCUCUCGAGAUAACAAAGAGAGGAGCGACGGUUUGGAAAAAAAUAGAAACACUAAGAAAAACGUGAAAUUGUGAGAAGCGUUGAUCGAUAAGAGUCCUGCGAGAAUUUUGGGGCAAAGUAUAUUUCGCGAGUUCCUAAGUACGUACGAACCAUGUGACAUAUGAAAAAUGGUGCAAAAGAAAUAAUUAUCCAUCGAUUAAAAAUGAGUGAGACGCGUCUUAUGAAUAGCCCUGUAUACUUUGUCGCCCUUUCUUCCUUUUGGCAGAUCCAAAUAGAAACGGAACACGUAUUUCUGUCUUUCUUCUGCAAAAGACCACGAGUUUCUUAUCGAACUAGAAUUCCGAGGCAAUCACGAAAGUGAGAGACGAAAAAACAAAAAAAAUAACGAAAUGAAUGCGGAACUGAAAAACUAAGCGUGAAAAAUAACGACAAUUUUCGAAAAAUUCAAUCGAAGUCAAAUUCGAAUUUUUUAUUACGACCCUGAAGCUACGAAAAGCUACGGGAUUAGAGGAGAAAAAAAGAAUUCAUCCGAAUUUCACUAUACAUAUAUUAUACAUAUUAUAUAUAUAUAUAUAUAUAUUUACAUAUAUUUAUCAUUCAUUUUAGUCAUUCGCAUUGUGUCUCUAUCCUGUCAUGUUAUAUAGUCACGUAAACGAAGAACAAAAAAAAACACAAAACGCAAAAACAUAAAACACAUCACAUAUAUGCAUAUACUCCUAACAUUCUACUAAUUAUUUAUUAUUGUACAAUGGAAAGUCUAAUAAAAAAUGCUUCGAAUAUGAACAA